CCCGUCUCUUGGCAACGGACUCAGGCCGCUAAAUCGCCAGACUGGCGCCCUGAGCGCACAGCCCUCUGGGAAUGGUAGUGUAGGUGGAAGGCCCAUAGGACUCUCGAGGCUGCAGGCUCUGAGCUUGCGAACUACAACUCCCGACGUCCACCAUGAGGACAAGGGUUCAGGAAGAGCCCUCUGGAGUUCGGUCAGGGGUUCCCAGCUCCCUAGUGACUGCAGCGCCGGGAAGCUAGGAAGCAUUCCCCCCCCCCCCCCCGCCCCCGCUAGGCCUGUCAUUGGAAGGGGAGUGCACUGGACACUUUCCCGCAGAACUCCCAACUCUGAGCCAAUGGCGAAGUUGCCAGGGAACUCUACCCUGGAGGAGAGUCUGGGGCAAUACCAACGGAGUCUCAGGGAACGUGCCAAUAGAAGCCUUCACCAACUGAAAUGCGCCCUGAGAGAAGGCAAUGUCACUGUGGAAGAAGAUGCACUGAAUCCUUCCAUCAGCGCCACCAUCAACAAUGAGGACUCAGGGAUGGCUUGGCAUGAACUGCAGCACAGCCAUGCUGUCAAUCUGCUCAAAGCUUUGUUGCACCAACAAACAAGUAAGGAAAAUGAGACAUCUCCACCACGAAGACGAAAAAUGUCCCCUUCGCAGGCAGUGGAAUGUGAGGAGGCUGGCGUGCCCACUGUGCACAACCUCGUUCCUGUCAUUCAUGAGCAGUCUAAAUACAUCCAUCAUUUGGAAGCAGAAGUCAAGUUCUGCAAGGAUGAGCUCUGUGGAAUGAAAAAUAGGGUACAAGUAGUUGUACUUGAAAAUGAAAGGCUCCAGCAAAUGCUGAAAUCUCAAAGACAAGAGGAGAUGCUGAGGGAGCAAACACUUCUGGAUGCAUCUGGAAACUUACAGGAUUCUUGGGUUAAGACAGGAGAAGAUUCUAGGGUAGAUGAAACUGCUACAAGGCAAUUUUUUCAUGGUAAUGGGGACACGGGCAAAGCUGCAUCCACUGGUGAAGCUGAGAAAUGGAAACUAGAACUGGAGAGGCUAAAACUUACCUAUGAGGCCAAGAGUGACAUUCUGGAAUCUCAGCUGACACUUUUGAGGAAAGACUUAGCUGAAUAUCAGAAAAACUGCGAAGAUCUGAAAGAACGACUGAAGCAUAAGGAGUCUCUUCUGGCUGCCAGCACUUCCAGCCGAGUGGGUGGCCUUUGCUUGAAGUGUGCGCAGCACGAAGCUGUUCUUUCCCAGACCCAUAGUAAUGUGCACGUCCAGACCGUCGAAAGACUGACCAAGGAAAGGGAUGACUUAAUGUCUGCGCUAGUUUCUCUGAGGAGCAACUUGGCAGAUGCACAACAGAGAGAAACCAGUGCCUAUGAACAGGUGAAGCAUGCGGUACAGAUGACGGAAGAAGCCAAUUUUGAAAAGACCAAGGCUUUAAUCCAGUGUGAGCAGUUGAAGAAUGAGCUGGAGAGGCAGACAGGAAGACUGGAAAAGGAACUUGCAUCUCAGCAAGAAAAAAGGACUUUUGAGAAAGAGAUGAUAAAGAAAGAAAUAGCAAAAGAAAGGGAAGAUGCACAAUCAAAGAUUUUGGUCCUGUCUCAGAAUAUUGCCCAACUGGAGGCCAAGGUUGAAAAGGUUUCAAGGGAGAAGAUUUCAGCUGUUAGUCAACUAGAGGAAAUUCAAAAUCAGCUUACUUCUCAGGAAGUGGAUGUCACAAAGGUGUGUGGAGAAAUGCGCUUUCAGUUGAAUAAAACCAAAAUGGAGAAGGAUGAGGCAGAAAAGGAGCACAGAGAAUACAGAUCAAAAUCUAAAAGGGAUCUUGAAAGUAAAGAUCAGGAAAUAGAGAAAUUGAGACUAGAGCUGAGCGAAAGCAAGCAGCAUGUGGAACAGGAGCAGCAGAAGGCAGCUCGGGCCAGAGAGGAGUGCCUGCACGCAACAGAGCUGCUGGGCGCGUCCGAGCACCAACUGCACCUCACCAGACUGGAAAAAGAUAGCAUUCAGCAGAGCUUUAGCAAUGAAGCAAAGGCCCAAGCCCUUCAGGCCCAGCAGAGAGAGCAGGAGCUGACACAGAAGAUACAGCAAAUGCAAGCCCAGCACGACAAAACUGAAAAUGAACAGUAUUCAUUGCUGGCCUCCCAGAAUACAUUUUUGACAAAAUUAAAGGAAGAAUGCUGUACGUUAGCCAAGAAACUGGAGCAAAUCUCACAAAAAAGCAGAUUGGAAAUAAUUCAACUUGGUCAAGAAAAAAGAUAUGUAUGUGACAAACUGGAAAAAUUACAGAAGAGAAAUGAUGAAUUGGAGGAACAAUGUGUACAGCAUGGGAAAGUUCAUGAGACAAUGAAGAUCAGGCUCAGGCAGCUGGAUAAACACAGCCAGGCUACAGCCCAGCAGCUGGUGCGGCUGCUCAACAAGCAGAACCAGCUUCUCCUGGAGCGGCAGAACCUAUCAGAGGAGGUGGACCGGCUGCGAGCCCAGUUACCCAGCAUGCCACAAUCUGAUUGCUGACCUGGAUGAAACAGAGUGAAAUAAAUGAUUUACAAAGAGAUAUUUACAUUCAUCUGAUUUGUACUUAAUGUGCCACAAUGCACCGCAACUUCCCCAGGGCAACACCACUGGGACUGCAGGGGCCCAGUCCUCACACCGGGUUGGUCCCUGUGCUACAGACAGGCAGGUGCUGCAGCCUGCAUCUGGACGGGGCUAGCUGGAGUGUGUGCUCACGACAGCUUCAAGUCACUGUUUUGUGUUGUUUGUAUGCCAGAGUAUACACAGGGAUUUUAAUAAAUUACCUUUCUAAAGACUUGAAUGUUAUGUUUCCUUUUCACUUUGUAGUAGUGAUGAACAAAACACACCAAAAAGGCACAUAUUUAAGUAGGCCGAAGAGUAUUAAGGAUCAGAGUUUCCUCCUGCCAUUCACUUUUCUUUCCCUUUUUGUGAUUAGAUAUUUUAAAUCAAUACCCAGUAUUUACCAUCAAAUUAAUGUGUGCAGAUUCAGGAAGCACUAUGCAUUCUUUCCAUUUGUGAACAACAGCCACCCCCCCACCCAGGCAUCUUUGGCUCGAUGGUGUCGGAUUUUUAUCUUCAAUAGCAGUAUUUGAGAGAGAGGAGCCUAGAAACGAACAUAUGUGAAAUUAGAAAAUUUACUUAGGCGUUAUAUCAAAUAUCUGUACACAGAUCAUAUUUUUACUCUAAAAUAGUAUUUCUACUAUACACAGUCAAGCCCUCAAAUGCUUUAAAGGAAUAAAAAUGGACAUUGGAAGGUCUGGGGGUACAGCUCAGUGGUAGAGUACUUGCCCAGCAUGUGUGAGGCCCUGGGUUCCUUCCCAGCAAAACAUAUGCACACACAUGCACACGCACACACACUGAAAUGUGGUGUUCAAGAGUGACAAUGAAACACUAAGGGCCAGGCUGUGUGCUGGAUAAGCCCAAAGUCAUACCGCUCUCCCCACUAGCAACCCAGCAGUGCCAGCCUCUCUGUCCAGACCACUCUUUCCACAUGCUCAGUACCAGCCUCUCUGUACAGAUCGCUCUUUCCACAUGCUCAGCCUGCCCCUCACAAUCAUGCAGCUUAGGCCGUAGAGGUGGUGGCCUGACCAUGCACGGGCCAUCCUCAUCUCUGGGGCAUGUCAAAGGUGCAAGCCUGAAACAGAACUUCUAAGGGAGUGUGAAGUUUCUGAUUUCAUUCUAUGUGCUAGACAUAAAGCUGUCACACAUUUUAACUGUCCUUAAUUCUGUUUUAUGUAUACGUGAAUAAAUUAUA